AUGGAUUUUGGAGAUAAAAGUUGGAUUAAUCUCCGAAGAUCCACCAAUGAAUAUAUUGAUGGAGUUAAUGAUUUUCUUGAUAAAGCAUUUGAACGAGCUUCCCAAGGAAAUGAAAUAUUGUGUCCUUGUAAGAAAUGCUUUAAUCGUAAUUGGCAUUGCCGAAAUAUGGUAGAGGAUCAUUUGAUUUGCCAUGGAUUUGUUCAUGGAUACACCAAAUGGGUUUUUCAUUGUGAAGGAUUUUCCUCAAGAAAUACGCCACAUCCAACCGAUGAAGAAGAAACUUCUAACAUGCAUGACGACAUUGAUAUAUUACUUCAUGAUACUUUUAGAAAUAUAGUAGAUGAUCAGAGACAUGAAGGAGUGAGGGAGGGGCCACAUGAAGAUGCAAAGAGAUUUUUUAAAUUAGUGAAGGAAGGGAAAGAAGAGUUGUAUCCAGGGUGUAAGAAUUUUUCUAAGUUGAGUUUUACCAUCUGGCUAUACUUGUUUAAAUGCAUUCACAAGUUGACUGAUGUGGCCUUUUCAAAUUUGUUGGACUUGAUAAGAGAGGCAUUUCCAUUUGCUAAGAUACCCGACUCGUUUUACAAGGAAAAAAAGAUCAUAAAAGAUUUGGGUCUUCAUUAUGAGAAAAUACAUGCUUGCACUAAUGAUUGCAUAUUAUUUUGGAAUGACAAUGCAAAGUUAGAUAAUUGCUCUGUGUGUGGAGCUUCAAGAUGGAAGAAUGUUCGUAAUGACUUAAAUAAUAAGGUUACGAAAAUCCCAGUGAAGGUGUUAAGGUACUUUCCUUUAAAACCUAGGCUUCAGAGGAUAUUCAUGUGUUCUAAAACAUCUGUAGCUAUGAGAUGGCAUGAUACUGAACGACUUAAAGAUGGAAAUUUAAGACAUCCUGCAGAUGGUGAAGCUUGGAAGGAUUUUGAUUCAUUGCAUCCUAACUUUGCUAAUGAUGCUCGUAAUGUUAGAUUGGGUCUUUCAAGUGAUGGUCCAUCGUCUCCCGGAAAUGAUAUAGAUGUAUACUUGCAACCACUGAUUGCAGAGUUGAAAGAACUAUGGGAAGUGGGAGUUGAAACAUAUGAUGCUGUAACUAAUCAAACAUUUCUAAUGCAUGCAGCUUUAUUGUGGACAAUUAGUGAUUUUCCAGCUCUAGCAAUGUUUUAUGGAUGGAGCACCAAGGGGAGAUGGGCAUGCCCCACUUGUAACCAUAAUACUUGUUCCCAAUAUCUCAAACAUAGUCGCAAGAUGUGUUACUUGGGUCAUCGGACGUUUUUACCUCCUGAUCAUCCAUUCAGAAGAGAUAAAAGAUCAUUUAACGGUAAAGAGGAGCAUAAAGUUGCACCUACUCCAUUAUCAGGUGCACAAAUUCUUAAAGAGCUUCGUGAAUUCAAUAAUGUAUUUGGAAAGAACAAAAAGAAAAGAAAAUGA